AUGAAAACAGAUGAAGUAGAGCUCACUGAAAACAUCGGCCUUCCCCUGAAUCUGCUUGAAAAACAUAACCCUUGGCCAGCCUAUGUCACAUAUACCUCCCCAGUGGUGAAAAGACUCAUUGAGAAAAGCAGAGCUCGAGAACUGGAAUGCAUACAAGCCCUAGAGGAAAGCCAGCAGGCAUCAAAGCACAGCAAGCCUCUCAGUGUCAUUCAAGUGAAACGUUGGAAGUCCUCCAAGCCCUCUAGUGAGGCCAUGUUCAAGGACAAGCUGUCAGAUACCACACUAUCAGUUUUGGGCACUUACUCUGUAAUGGCCAUGGCUCCCUCUGUUCUCCCAGAACCAACACACAUUACAGAUUCCAAAGAAAGUCCCACCACAAAUUUUAACAAGAUCAUCUUCUCCCGAAAGCCCAUGAUGAGGAUGCUUCCAUACAACUCACUAUUGGCAAGCAAAGAGAAACAUUCCAAUGUUUAG